UGCAACAUUUACAUGGGGGAAUACUGAAUUAGGAAAGUGACAGUAGCAUAGUGAUUGAAUACUGCAACUUGAUUCUGAGCUGUGAUAUUAAUACCAGGAAUACAGAUAUUUUACAUUCCGAAACUUUGGGAAUUCUAGCUCAACUAUGAUAAAAAUGUGUAUUAUGAUUGCUCGAUGUUUCGCAUUGUUCUAUGCUUUCUUGAAGAUGUACAACUCUCAAUGUCAUUGCAUUAUAUUUAAAUAAAAUGUUGUUAUCAUUGACCCUCUUGAAUUUGAAUCAGGAAUCAUCGAUAUCAUCGCUCUGGGACAAGGAGAAGCAUAUAUAAGCAUCGAUUGAGCAGAAAGUUCUCAGACCAUUGCUGUCUUGUUUUUUGAGAGCUGUUUAUACAUAAAAACAGUUAUUCGUAUGUAGGAUGGCUCCUGGUUUCUAUCUGCAAUCGAAGUUCUGUGAUGAUGAUGAGAAGAACAACCAUGCAAGGCUUCUUAAUUAUAAGCUAUCAGGCACAAAACGGUAUUCUGCUCCUUACGGAUAUAAGUUUGAAGAAAGUUUGUCAGACUGCUUCACUCCCUUUGUGGACGAAACCCAAAAUCAUAAGAGGCUGAAGGAGACAUCAUGUACUGAUGAAUUUGUUUCGAACGAGGAAAGUAUUUAUAGUAGUAGUGCUAAUACUAGUGGCUUUUAUAGUGGUAAUAGCAGUGGAAGUACAGAGAGCUUGAACAGUGUGUCAAAACCUCAUUUUCGUGAUCAUAUAUGGGCUUACACACAAAGAUACCUGGCAGCAGAAACCAUGGAAGAGGCAGCUGCAGCAUUGGUGGCUGGUGAUGAAGAUGAAGUUAAGGAAGAAGGAAGUGCAGAUGGUAUGAGACUUGUUCAGCUGCUUAUUGCCUGUGCUGAGGCUGUGGCUUGUCGGGAUAAAUUACAUGCCUCAACUCUACUGUCUGAAUUACGGGCUAAUGCCCUGGUUUUUGGAACCUCAUUUCAGCGGGUUGCUUCGUGCUUUGUACAAGGCCUCUCUGACCGCCUAGCUCUUGUGCAGCCUCUUGGGACGGUUGGAGUUGUGAUUCCUCAUUUGGAAACCAUGGCCAUUUCGUUAGAGAAAGAAGAGGCUUUAAGCCUUGUUUAUAAUAUUUGCCCACAUAUCCAAUUUGGCCAUUUUGUAGCCAAUGCGAUGAUACUGGAAGCCUUUGAGGGAGAGAGUUCUAUUCAUGUUGUGGACCUGGGGAUGUCCCUUGGUCUUCGACACGGUCAUCAGUGGCGUAGUCUGAUGUACAGCCUAGCCAAUCGAGCAGGCAAACCACGCCGCCUACAUAUAACUGGUGUGGGAAAUUGUGCUGAGCACCUACUAGAAAUUGGGGAUGACCUAGAGCAAUAUGCUUUUAACCUGGGGCUUAAUUUUGAGUUCUCAGUAGUAGAAUGCAAUUUAGAAAAUCUGCAGCCCAGAGCCUUCAAGCUAAUCGAGGGAGAAACUCUGGUAAUCAAUAGCAUUCUUCAUUUGCACUGUGUUGUAAAAGAAAGCCGAGGUGCCCUGAAUGCUGUCCUGCAAAAACUCCAUCAGCUGUCACCUAAGUAUCUUAUUCUGGUGGAACAGGACUCGAGCCACAACGGACCUUUCUUUCUAGGCAGGUUCAUGGAGGCCUUGCACUACUAUUCUGCAAUCUUCGACUCACUGGACACAAUGCUGCCAAGGUAUGACACAAGGCGAGCCAAGAUUGAACAGUUCUACUUUGCAGAGGAGAUUAAGAACAUUGUGAGCUGUGAAGGGCCAGCCAGAGUGGAACGUCAUGAACGAGCAGAUCAGUGGCGUAGGCGGAUGAGUCGUGCAGGCUUCCAGUCAGCCCCGAUAAAGAAAAUUACACAGACCAAACAAUGGUUGGAAAAGAUGAAAGUUAGCGAUGGUUAUACAACUGUGGAAGAAAAGGGGUGCCUAAUUCUUGGUUGGAAAUCAAAACCAAUCAUCGCAGCUUCGUGCUGGAAAUGUUCCUCUGUCUGACAUCAUUUUUACCCCUCAGUGCAGAUGAACAUUUCAUCGCCCGCCCUUCGGUAUACGUUCGUGUUUUCCUGUGACACGUUGUCUGAGCACGAUGGGGAGGCAACCUUGUUGCGAGAAGGAUGGACUGAAGAGAGGUCCAUGGACUAUUGAAGAAGACCA